AAAAAGGGGGGGGGAGAAAAAGAGGAAGGUUUUGGUGAUAGAGGGCAGCACGGGGCUUAAGGAGGAGGACAAGAUGGCGGCGCCCUCGCUGCUCAGCUGCGGGCGGGUGGCUGCCCGCAAGGCGGUGCAACUGGAGGCCUGGGUGCUCCGAGGGGCGACGCUGUGCACCCGGCCAGGAGGCUCCGGGACGCCGCUGGACAGCAUAUCUGCAAAAGAAGGUGGGAGCACACUGAAUACUAAUCCAAAGGAAGCUUCAAAACCUGAUGAAGAUCUGAGAAUAUUGAUGUCAAAAAAAACUGUGGUUGCAUUUCCUCAGCGAGCGAUUGUUUCUUCCCUUGAAGAGGCAAAACUCAGUAAAAUUGGAAAAGGAGGAGGCAUAAGGAAAGAACUAGCUGAAGAAGAAACUUCGUCUUCAUCCAGCUCAGAUUCAGAUUCUAGCUCAGAUUCUGAAGAAGAAAACGAUGACGGUGAUGAGUCAGGAGUUUCCAUUAAAACCAGAGUGGAGUUUCCUAGGCGAGAUUCCAUCUUUUCUGAGAACAUACCAAUAAAGACAUCGCAGCUACUAAGAGAUGACUUGUCCCAGAAAGAUCAGAAAGAAUACGUAGUUAAGAAGAAACCAAGCAAAAUGGAAACUGAUGUACCUACUGUCAAGCAGGUUGUAUUUUCUAAGGCAUCAGUCAGUCAUGAAACAUUAAAAUCCAAAGCAAGAGACCCGAACACAAAAUCAACUCCAAAAGAAACAGAUCAGCAGAAGCUAAUCUUAGAACCACGCUUGGAUAAAAAACAAGUCUUGACAGAUGCCACUCUGAAAUCUGAUUAUUUGGGGGAAAAGUCUGUGGGAGCCCAAACAACAACUACUCAGCUGAAAUCUCCAUCAGUGACUCAUGAAGACAAAAAGCAAAAUCUGGUAUCUAGAAGAAAAGGAAAAGAAGUAAAGGAGACACAGAAAUCAGAAGCGGUAGAGGUAGUUUCUCCUAAACAGGAAGAGGAGAUUUCUGAAAGCACAGCGUUGGUGAUGGGUGCAAAGGAAGAGCCUGUUCAGGAAGCAGGAGUCCAAACUGGAGAAAGCAGCACCAUAGCUGAGGCUACAGCAGCUGCUCAGCCUGCUCCAGAAGAAUUCGAUAAUUCUACCUACAAGAACCUCCAGCACCAUGAAUAUAACAUCUAUACCUUUGUUGAUUCUCUUGUGGAUCUCUCAAAAUUCAGGCAGCCGCAGCCAUCUUCUGGAAGACCAUCACCAAGACACUGAAAGAACCACAAUUAAAUGCAGAAGCAGAAUGAUAAAUUCUUCUAUUUAGCUCUAAUGUAUCAUCUGUUAUAAAUCAAUAAAUGCAUGAUAAGUAAUGCUUGAGCUUUCAAACAGUUUUUGGUUCUUGGAGUCCCUCAAUUCUUGAUUUUUAUGAUCAAGCUACAGUCAAUGAAUCAUCAACGAAUAAAAAUAGGCUUUUUAUCUCUCAGCGUAUACACAGUGUGAAACUGUCCUGACUUUUCCAUGUUACUAGAAUUUUAAUAUUGACCAUGUACUGUGUUGAAGGAAGUAAUGGCUUCUGUGGAUGUGUCUGUUUAGUUCAUGCCGUAAUUUUACAUGGUUUUAGCAGGUAUUGCUGGAGAUGCUCAGGGCCAGGUUGGAAGGGGCCCUGGGCAGCCUGAGCUGGUGGAGGGCAGCCCAGCCCACAGUGGGGCUGGAACUGGGUGGGCUUUAAGGUCCUUUCUGACCCACAUGAUUCUGUGAUCUCCAUAAUGCAGUGGGCUGUUCACCUUGCACACAGAUGUUUUGUGUUUUAGAGGUUGCACUUACUCUGGUUUUGGAUGUGAAAUCAUUGGCUGAAAGCAAGUCGCAUUUGUCUCUUGUGGCAACAGUGCAUGUUGUAUGUUAGCAGAUGAAUGAAUCUCAAAUUGUGUGUUACUGUAAAGGGGAAAUGUAACGUAACUUACUCUUCUGCUGAGUGUGCUAGCAUCCAGGCUCUGCAGUAGUUAAAGCUAAUUAAAGUAUAUGAAAACUUCAGUGAGCGGCUACUAUUGAAUUAUACCACAUUGAUUGAACUUUGAGAAAUAACAUAUUUCUGUGAGUUAUAUUUGCAUGCUAUUUAAAUGUGACCAAAGCAGCAUUAUAAGGAAAACCAGCUCCUAUUAUUAUUUUUUCACUGAGACUAUGUUUCUGUUCCCACUUUUUUUUUUUGUUCCACAAUAAAAAUUAAUGUGGCUGUGUCCAGCUUCUCUCUUGCUCUGCAGAAGAUAUGAGAAAUGAAGCACUUCUCAAUCUGUAUUAUCAGCAGUUACAGUUGGUCUCAGUAAAUUUUGUAUUUCCAUCCUAUUAGUAACAGUCUUCUACCCUCUGGGAAAACUGCCUUGAUGACCACCAGCUGUUGUAGGGUUGGUUCCAUUUUGGCUUCUUGUUCAUUUCGUUUCUCGGUGUUAAUUGGUCUUUGUGUGGUUAUACUUGCAAUAGCAGACAGGUUUUCUAUCACCUGUCUGUAUUCUUUCAAGCAGCAGAAUAUGCAAGAUCAAAGGGAACAUGGAGUCAGCUUUAGUAGUCUAUCUGGAUACUGGGCGCAAACCCCUGGGUGCAAUUACUAGAACAGCUAUUUUGUACUCUGACUUGGCAAAAAAUGUGGUAAGAAGGAUCAAGAGGCCUACAUCAAUCUGCUGUUUAGAUUUUUUAAGUCAGAAACCUCUGGCGAGAAAUUUUAUUGUCCUGUAAAAACUAAAAAGCAUAUUACUGACUUUAACUAUGAAAUUUUAAAUCAGUAAAUGCAUAAAUCCACACGCUUAGGAAUAAAGAGCAGAAAGUUGCUCUGAGCCACUGAUGAUACCACAUGCACUGUAUUUGGGAAAGAAAUUUGCUGUUAACGUUAAAAAGAUUAAAGAAUAAGGCAAUGGGUCUUCAGAAUGAGCUUUUGGACACUUCCCUUAUUAAGUGCCCACUGGAGGGCCGCUGUAAAGCUGCUGUGUUUUGUCCUUAGCUGAAACUCAGUAUAAUAUGUAGUUCAAUCCGUGCUGGUGUGUAAAUGUGUUCCCAGUUGCUUAUUUUAUGAUGACUGGAGGAGGCUGCAAGCUGCCAGAAUCUAAACAGUAAAAGCUAAAUGGUGCCUAUUAAUAUGCUUAUGUGUUUACUAAGCCUGCUCACGGUGGCUAUGAUUGUUAGCUGUUUGGAAUCAGAAUUACUCACUUAAUGCACUUUUUUUUUUUUUUUUUUCCUAAGGAGGGUUGGUGUUACAAACACUGAGUUAAUUCAGCUAGGCUGAAACUGAAGUGUCUUGUCUUCACUCAAUUUGAAAGUUCUUCUGAAGUGGAUUUGCAGCAAUAUUUUAAUCUGUAUUGAUGCAAGGCCUUUUGCUACCCUUUUUCAGUGAUUACAGAAAAAAAUAAUGUCAAAUGCCCUUUGUGUAAUCCUAUUUGAGUGCUUUGUGGGGUUAUCUUUUUGCACCUCUGAAGUCAAGCUUGAAAGUCAAGCAACUUUAUAAUUCUAGUAUGUUUGGUAUGUGUGUGGCAUACACUCUGUUCAGUGAAUCAGUCCAAGAAGGAAAAUAAUGUAAGGAAGGGAAGAACACAGACUUUUUCCCACUGUUGUAUCCCAGACUUCAAAGAAAAAGGCUUCAUUUUUUGUUUUUUGUCUAUUAUUUGAUGUUAUUGUGUUUGAAUCAUAUGCUAACAUUUAAAUUUCAAGCAGGAUGUGAUACAAUAUGCUCAUAUUCUGUGAUGUUAUGAUGAUGAAUAACUGCCUUAUUCUGCCUGGCACUUGUCAGAUACAGUCAGGAAACUUGUUUUAAAGAAUGCAGAGUCUGGGAUACUAACAUAAUUCCUGGAAACUCUCAAACGUGAAAGAAAGAAAUCAAGUCACAGCUUGGAUUUUGUGAAAAUCAGCUCUGUAGAUCCAGCAUAGAAUUCAAAAGUGGGGUUUUCAGUGGAGGUAGUGUGUCAUUGUGGGAGAACAUGAAAAUAUGGAAAGUGGGAUUCACUGAUUUCUCAUUAAAGAAGGUGAAACUCCUGCUUCCGUUAUUGAAGGGAGCAGUUUUCAAACAAGUGCUUCUAAGCUUUUCUCAUAUAGCAAAUGAGUUACCCACCAAUAAAAUUGCUUUCAAUGA